CGGCAGCCGCUCAUCGCCGAGAGGGAACCCCAUAAUGUUCUUCCACAUUGUGUUGGAGAGGAACACGCAGCUGCAUCCACGGCACUUCGGGCGUGGCCUCCGCGACAGCCUCGUAACCAAGCUCAUGAAAGAGGUGGAGGGCACUUGCAGCGGACGGCAUGGUUUUGUAGUGGCGAUUACGGGCAUCGAGAAAGUGGGAAAAGGGUUGAUUCGUGAUGGCACGGGGUUUGUGACCUUUCCUGUUAAGUAUCAAUGUGUUGUGUUUCGGCCUUUCAAGGGCGAAAUCUUGGAAGCUUUUGUUUCUAUGGUAAACAAGAUGGGUUUCUUUGCUGAAGCUGGACCCAUUCAGAUUUUUGUUUCUAAUCAUUUGAUUCCAGAUGAUAUGGAAUUUCAAUCCGGAGAUAUCCCAAACUAUACCACUUCAGAUGGAUCAGUUAAGAUCCAAAAAGAUAGCGAAGUUCGAUUAAAGAUAAUCGGGACUCGAGUAGAUGCUACUGAAAUUUUUUGUGUUGGAACCAUCAAAGAUGAUUUCAUGGGUGUCAUAAAUGAUCCUUCGUCGGCUUAGCUGCAAUCUUGUUCAACAAAUUCCUCCUCGCAAUGGAGGGUGGUACUAUCCUUUAGCUAAUUACUUUGUUCGUGUUAUUCGGAAUUAUAAUGAGUUUUGACUAAAAGUUUUCGUAAAUU